AUAUCACCACAACAAUCUUCAUUUUUUGCCCCUCAUCAAAUAGGAAUCUCUCAUAAACCCGAUUUUCUUCUAUCAAAUCCGCAGCUAUGCAUUUCGUCCGUCGUGCCGCUCUCAGAGCUGCUUCCAACGCCUCUUUCGUUUCUAAACCUCGCACCAUCAACACCACUUCCCCAUUCGUUGUCAGAGCUUCAAACGAGAGAAUAUCAUCAGCAGUAUUCCGAAGAUUUGCAAGUGAUGAUGCCCAUACUAGAGAAGAGAACGCAGAUGCACAAGAGGAAGGAGCCGUUCGAUCAGCUAUCAAUUCUGCCGCAGAGACCGUCUCAGAGUAUGCUUCAGAGGCCAAGGAGACUGUUGCUCAAGCAACUGGGUUUGGAUCCAGAAACGCUGGCUUUGGCAGGGACAGAAACGUAGAGCGUCCUUCCAUUGACCCUAACAAUGGCGUCUACAUUGGUAACUUGUUGUUCGACAUUACCGAAGAGGAUCUUAAGAAGGAGUUCGAGCACUUCGGAACCAUUACCGAUGUCAGAGUCACUAGAGAUGCUAGAGGCUUGAGCAAGGGAUUUGCCUACAUUGAUUUCGCAGAUGUUCAGUCCGCAACUGCAGCCAUUGAAGCCAAGAACCAAACUAUCUUUGAGGGCCGCAGACUUGUUGUCAACUACGUCAACAAGACGCCAAAGAUCAGAGAUCAAAACCCACCUUCCAAGUGCCUCUUUAUCGGCAACCUCGCCUUCGAGAUGUCUGAUGCCGAUUUGAACAGCUUGUUCCGCGAGGUUAGAAAUGUCAUUGAUGUUCGUGUUGCUAUCGAUAGACGCACUGGACAGCCAAGAGGUUUCGCCCACGCAGACUUUGUUGAUGUUGAUAGUGCCAUGAAGGCUCUGGAACAACUACAAGGAAAGGAGGUCUUCAACCGAAGACUCAGAGUUGAUUACAGCCUUGGUGAGAGAAGCGCUGGAGGCGGUGAGCGCAACGACCGUGGAUUCGGAAACAACGACCGCGGUGGACGUGGAUCAUACGGUGGUGGACGUAGAGACCGUGGAGGAUAUGGUGGUGACCGUGGAGACCGUGGAGGAUAUGGUGGUGACCGUGGAGAUCGUGGAGGAUAUGGUGGUGACCGUGAUGGAAGAGGCGCAUCAUUCUAA